ACUUGUCACACGAGAGCCGACAUGCGGACGGGCGGCCGCUCGGAGCCGCGGCGGCUGUGCGCGCUCGCGAGCUGGGCGGCGCUGCUGGCGUGCGCCCGCGCCGAGGACGCGUGCCCGCCGGCCUGCGCCUGCUCCCGGGACUCCGGCACGGUGAGCUGCCGAGCCGGCGACGCCGCGGCGGGGGUGCCGAGCCCCCUCCCGGCGUGGACGGCCGCGCUGAUCCUUCGCGGCGGGACGAUGACGACGCUGCGGGGCGGCGCCUUCGCGUCCGCGGCGGCCGACGGCGGCGCGCUGGACGCGGCGGCCGCGCAGUCGCUGUCCGCCAACGGCAUCCGCGCGGUGGAGGCGGACGCCUUCGCGGGGCUGCCGCACCUGCGCGUCCUCGACCUGAGUCGCAACCGGCUGGAGCGCGUGUCCCGCGGCGCCUUCCGGGGCCUGCGCGAGCUGCGCACGCUGUGCCUCAACGAGUCGGUCGCCCCCGAGGCGGCCGCGCAGCUGGCGGCCGCGCUGGGCGCCGGCGACCUGCGCGACCUCCGCCGGCUGGAGCUGGCGGGCAACCGGCUGCGGGGCGUGGCCUCGGCCGCCCCGCACGCCUUCGGCCUGCUGCAGCAGCUGGUCCUGGUCAACAAUUCCAUCCGCGCUCUGAGCCGGGAGGACGUGAGCGGGCUGGAGCGCCGGCGGCGCGCCCGCGUCUACCUGGCGCACAACCCCUUCCGCUGCGCCUGCGAGCUGGAGGCCUUCUACUGGUGGCUGAAGAACGCCUCGCAGUGCGCCGACGCCGCGCUGCUGCGCUGCGCCGAGCCGCCGGCCCGCCGCGGGCUGCCUGUGGAGCGGCUGCGCCCCGAGGACGUGGACUGCCUCAACGACAACCUGGAGGCCGUCUCCUACGUGUUCUUGGGCAUCGUGCUGGCCCUCAUCGGCCUGGUGUUCCUCAUGGUGCUCUACCUGAACCGCGGCGGGAUCAAGCGCUGGCUCAACAACGUUCGCGAAGCCUGCCGGGACCAGAUGGAGGUCUACCACUACCGCUACGAGCAGGACUCGGACCCGCGGCUCGCCAAUGUGGCCGUCUGACCCCCUCUCGUGACACGUAGGACUGAUGGCAGCGUUUUGUCCCCUGUCUGGCUUUUUAGACAGCUCAAGAUAGAGCUUGCGCUAGUCGAAAUAAAGUUGGCCGUAGGGAUUUAUGACCUCGACAAUCCCAAACGCGACACUGGUUCCAUUUGAUACCGAAGAAACAUUGAGCGUCCACGUGAUAUUUUCCAAAGGCGCCCUUCACGCAACAUAACACAACUUUGACUUCCGCAUGUAGCCGAACUACACACACACACACACACACACACAUUAUCAGUAACCCGAGGGCAUAUGUAACGUGUGACUUUAAGUAGUGUGUAUCCGUGUCAAAUCAAAGUCAUUAAAGCUGAUAACUUUGUCUCCUGAU